AUGAAUUCUAAAGUGCAAAUCCUCGAGAUUCAAAAUCUCGAUUUAGAUCUAUAUCGAUUGCUCCGGUCUUUUGGGAUGUCCGAUGAGGGCAUAACCAUUGUUAUGGAUAGCAAAUACGACAUUCAAAGUUUAAAGCAAAUUGAGCGCCAUAAACUGGAAGGUUUGUUACCUUCACCGUACGAUUUAGAUCGGGUCAAAUGCAUCCGAGGUCUGAACCGAUGGAGAAUUUCCCAGGAAUUGACACCAUUCUCGCAAAAUGACUACAAAUCGGAUGAGCUAGAUUUUGAGGAUACCGAGAGUACAGGAGCUUUCCUCGCAACAGAUGGUUCUCCAAUCCAAACACAAACAAAAUUCAACUAUUCGAACAAUUUAAGUGCCUUGGAAUACAUUGAACUGGACUUGGAGGCAUCUGGAACUCCAGUCGACGAGGUAUCGGUCGAUCUCAUACCAGGAUCAUCAGUAAUAAAAAAAUCGCUGUACACAUGGUUUCGCCCAACGUUCGAAGUCAAAGCAGAUGGAACGAAACGACAUAUAGGGAAGUACGCUAAAGGAACUCUAUACGAUCGCAACGUGAACUAUAAACCCAUUGCUACUCAGAAUCGUCGUUUGAAUAUCAUCAAACCCGUCGAACCAAUCGUCAUUUGUAGAAGGGUUUUUACUCCAGCUAUAAAGGAGGCAUACAAAGAAACCAAAUUAUGGUUUCGCCACCACGAAGAAGACUGGGAACAGCUCAAAACUAGAUGGAUUAGCUCCAGUGACAUACGAACUUACGAAAUAUUAAACAAACCUGAAAGAACCAUCGAAGAUAUUUUAUACGAAUAUCCCAUUUUGAGGAAUCCACAAGCUUAUGGAUUAAUUCAAAUUGAUUUUCAAUUUCGAUUUCCCAACAAAGAAGAAUUGUUGUUUCAGACGUGGCCUGGUAUAAUAAAAAAACUGUAUUCAGUAUUCGAAGUUGACGUUCUUGAUAAUGGAGGUAAAAGCCUUCUAAGGAUUCUCGAAAAGGAAACUAUCAGCGAUGACAGUCGUGAUUGCAUCAUUUUCACGCUUCUAACAUACCUUCUACCCAGUCCCAUGGUAUGUUUGAAAAAAGGUUUAAAGCGUUGGCGGCCGACAUUCGCAGAAACAAGAGAAGCGUAUUUAAUGUUUCUCACCGAUCUCUCGGAGGUUGAAGGGUACAUUGAAAGAUUGUCAACACGCUACCAACAGAGGAAUCUCCAGCCGAAACCGCUUCUGAUAGCAGUUGGCCCCAGCAUCAGUUGCUGCUUGAAAUUUAUUGUUUAUUUUCAAGAAACGUAUUACGAAUUUCGAACAUUUCUGAAGGCGUUAGACAUCUGCUAUAAACUUUUCAAAACGUAUGGAUUGAAUUUCCCGGAAGAAGCUUCUGGACCCUGGAAUUUUUUGGACCAUUGCAUUUAUGAUUUCGAGGUGAAUUCCAUUCCGUGGGAAUCGAAAAUAAUCUCGUUGAAGCAAUAUCUUCAAAAUUAA